GGGAACUAAGUUGAAUGUUCAGGGAGGGAAAAGAUUGUCAAGUCGUAGCGUUUCAAAUAGGAAUGAAAAGGCAAAGAAUCUGUCUAAAUAACGGGUGCUCUUAAGUCCGAAUUAGUCGCAUUGCGCGAUGGUUUUUGUUGCUGAUAACUAUUUAUGCGAGAUAAAACCGGGUUAUAUCGGGGGCAAAGCGAGCCACAGUGUGUUCCGGCAUGACUUGUCAACAUGAAAUGUACUGCACGCGCGGAAUUUCCAAGAUGGCAAACGAGAAGCUGUCAAGUGUCCUGACAAUAACUCGCAAUCCAAUCGACCAAUCAAGCGUGUCUCUUAACAAUCGCCUCACAACGGGGGCGGAGAGUUACACAGGCAAAGUAUUUGAGGGAUUUGAACCGCAAACCCAUGCCGCGAGCUAUUAUGGCAGCCCAAUCCUUAUUGGUUUAUUUGCUCAAACAAUGCACAUAUCAAAUACAGCGAUCUGCAGAGAAAUAAAUUGUCCAAAUACUAGACUGCGUGUAAAAUUAGAGACCUCGCAUAUGGAAAUUGAAAACUUGCGGAUUUCUUCGAAAUUGUACUCGGCUUAAGCAGGCUUUGCGGUUUGCCGUCCAUCAGGCAGACUUCCUAUUAUGGAACAAUGCUAUUGAAACUGACAUGGCCGCGAAACUGACGAAUUCAAAUCAGGGAGAAACCGCUGCUGUUUGACUUACAGCGCUAAACAUGGAGGCAAGUGGCUAAGAACGGUUGCGAAGUGUGGCUCGACGCCAUGCCAAAUGCAAAGAAGAAAACAUGCGAAGUACCGCUUCCCCUGGGCUGGGAAGAGGCCAGAGACUACGAUGGCAGAGUGUAUUAUAUCGACCACAACUCCAAGAGAACGAGUUGGGUCGACCCUCGCGAUCGGUUAACAAAGCCUAUGACAUUUGCUGAUUGUGUAGGAAAUGAGUUGCCAUAUGGUUGGGAAGAGCUCCAUGACAAAGUUCUUGGAAGAUACUUUAUUGAUCACAACACUGGUGCGCAACAGGCAGAAGACCCUAGAAUACAAUGGCGGAAGAAGCGGGAAACUAUGCUCUGUGAUUAUUUGGCAGUUGCACAGUCUGACUUAUUGGCUAAGCAAAAUAUGUUAGAUGUCAAGAAGCAAAGGCUAAAUGUUGCACGUGAAGAGGUUCAGUUUUGGACAUCAGAGCUGGAGAAAAUGCAGAAACGCCAUGAGGGACAACCAAAGCAUGUAAAACAAGGCAGCUUAAGUUCUUCCUCAUCAAAUUCAACAGUAAGCUCCAUUGCAAGCAAGUAUGAUGUGAAUCAACUCAAGAAGGAGAUAUCUCAAGCCAAGUCCAGGGUUGAAGAACUCAAAACAGAAAUGGAUGUUGUUUCGGGUGAAGUUCAAGCGCAGGAAGAAGGCUACGAAAAACUUAAAAAAGUUGACCGAAAAUUGUCUUCCCAUCGUGGAUGCAAAAAGGAGGAUGUACAAGUUUUAGUAGAGGAGAUACAAAGCAUGCAAAGAACAUUGUUUGUCAAAGAACAAGAGAAAAAUGAUCUGAUACAAGCCUUGCUGAGACUCAAGGAUAAGUUGUCACAACCUGAUUCUUCAAAUGAGGUGCGUAGUGGAGAUUCUCUGAUGCAUGUGGGUAUAAUGUUAGCAUCAAUAGACAAGUGGUCACUGCUAACCUCUUUGGGUUGGCUUACGUUUGGCACAUGACACCUGGGCCUAGUUUUUUGAAGGCUGGAUAAAGCUAUCUACCAGAUAAACUGCUAGCCAGUGGAUAAGUGUUACUAUAUCAAAACAAACCAUGCUUACCCGCUGGAUAGUGAGUUAUCUGGUAGACAGCAUUAUCCUCCUUUCGAGCAAUCCGGGCAUGGGGUUUUGCAAGUUAACUGAAAGUAGUUUGCUGUUGGAAUCAAUUAAUUAGUGGUAUCAGAAAUUAAAUUGAUUUAGCACUCUAUUAAUCUCAAUAAUGCAAUUAUUUCGUUUCAGUUAUUUAAUGAAUUUAUAUGUUUGUUAAAUUUAUUUACCUACUUCUGUUUAUAUAUGUGUGUAUGUUUGCUUCAAGUCAACGUCUAUCAGUUGAUGACUCUCUUUGUUUUUGCCUCCACUGGAAUAUUUUGAUGUUUUAAGGAAAAAUAACAUGUCAGCUGCAUAAUAGAUGGAACGGAAAAUUUAAAUCAAUGAUGUUGUUGAUGUAAAGAAAAGCAAAUAAUAUCAAAAAGGUUUUUCGCUCGGACAUAACAGGCAAAGUGUUUUUUCCUGUGGUCAAAAGGCAUUUCCUUUUCAUUCCUAAGGAUUAAAAAUAAUCUAGAUUGAUGAUAAUCUCUUAAUCGGCUAUUAAAUGAGCUUAAAUUUAAUUAAGAUGGACAAAAAUACUUGUUGAACAAAACAGGGACAACGCAAUUCAUGUAAAUGGAAGUUGAGACAGCCAUUAGCAUUGUAUAUGAGGUUAUAAUGCAAUCUGCUGUAAGCCAACUUAAUUUGUCAACUGAGUUCAUUGAAAUUGGAUGAGGGGAUAUAAAACACUUUCAUUUAAUUGAUAUAUUUUGUAUGUUGACUUUGACUUCUAACAAGUUUAAUUUUCUGGUGCAGCUGUUUUUUAUUAUUAUUGAUGUAAGAACGAUGUCAACAGCUUCAUGUUAAUAAUAACCAAAUAUUCCAUAGAAUUGAGCUUAAUUUGAUAAGCUUAUUUUACCAACACCUUAAUUAACC